UCCUGAGGCGGAUCAGUUUCGUGCAGCCACCCGAGCGCGGUGGUGGGAAGGAAAACAAGAUGGGGAAGCUUCAGGAAUUUCACAUCACUCUAAACGACAAUAAAGUGGUUUAUAGUCCUGGAGAGUCCAUUUCCGGGACGGUGAAAAUCUCCACUGCUCAGCCCAUCCAGUGUAAAGCAAUCAAGGUGAACUGCUACGGGUCCUGCGGCGUGACCAACAAAGUGAACGACACGGACUGGCUCGAGGAGGAGCAGUACUUCAACAGCUCGCUAUCUGUAGCUGAUAAAGGUACUUUGAAACAGGGUGAACAUACUUUCCCCUUCAAGUUUCUCAUACCAGCCACAGCUCCAACAUCCUACGAAGGGCCGUAUGGAAAGGUUAUGUACAAAAUUCGAGCGUUUAUUGACACGCCCCGCUUCUCAAAAGACUACAAGACGGAGAAGCCCUUCUACAUGCUGAACAACAUUAACCUUAAUGAAGUGCCAGACAUCUAUGAGCCAAAUGUUUCAAAUAUAACAAAGAAUUUCACAUAUAUGCUGAUGAAGAAUGGGACAGUCGUCCUGGUGGCUAAAACAGACCAGCGUGGAUACGUGGAAGGUCAGGUCAUUAAAGUGUCCACAGAGAUCGACAACCAAUCGGGGAAGAGCACGGGCCAUGUAGUGGCUUCUUUAAUUCAGAGGGUGACGUAUCACACAAAGAAACCGACACAUGAACUGAGAACAAUAGCAGAGGUGGAGGGAGCUGGAGUGAAAGCAGGCAAACAGGCCGAGUGGAAAGAGCAGAUUAUCGUUCCUCCUCUUCCACAGUCGUCUCUGGUUGGAUGCAACCUCAUUGAGAUCCACUAUUUCAUCCAGGUGUCUUUGAAGUACCCAGAAACAUUACUGACGCUGCCAAUUCAUAUCGGGAACGUUGCGGUUGAUCCGAGUCUCCGUCCUCCUCCUAAAGCCGCCAAGACAGCGCCCACUCCAGCACCACGGACUGUAUCUCCACUGAACGUUCCUGUUGCCUCUCCUCUUCCAUCCGGCUCCCCCAGUCUGCCUCCUCGCCCCGCCCCUCGGCCCCGGCCCCGCAGCAUGUGCGUCACUCCAAGCGCACCCCCAGCAGAGCCAGGCAUGAUGGGAGCUGGGGAUCCACAGAGUGAAGCGAUUCCUACGAAGGUCCACUCUCAGCAUCAAGGCCCCGUGUCUCCCAACGCCUUUAGCUACGCCCCGGGCCUCAUGUUCCCGCAGAUUAACAGCAACCCCUCAGCACCUCACUUCUCUCUCUCCACCGGGGCCACCAUCCCCUUCUUUGCGGAAGGAAACAACACUCCCGUGCCCACUUCCUGCCCCUUCAUCUUGCCUCCAGAUUAUAGAAGCUCAACACACCCACAUGACCCUCCACCAGCUUAUGAAGAUAGCCUUCUUACCACAUAAAUGACUUCCGCUCUGUACUAAACAACAGCUGAUAACUCCUUUUGGGACUGAUACCCUUUCAUAACCAGUCAAUGCACGUUUUGGACAUCGUUGUCACACUAGAAGUCCAUGAUCAGAGCAAACAGGUUCACUGAAAGAUUUCUUUGUGAAGCAUGGAAUGGCAUCUCAACUCCAUUUUUUUUUUUUUUUCAAACUCUGAAUAUCUUGUCUUGAUGUUUUUCCCACUUGUUGUUCUUGUUCAUGGGAGAUAUUGUUCAUUUGUAUUGGUUCUAUACAUUUUGUUUAUAGCCCACUGAAAAAGGUUUGUUUUAAAUUAGGAUAAUUGCUGCUAUUGGCAAACAAAUAAAAAUGUGAUUUUAAGAUUUCACUUCUUACUGACGGUAGUUAGAGAAAAUGUUCUAUGCCUUGUUAAAUGUUCCUGUUGUAGUUUUAAAAAGUUUUUAGAGGUUGAUCUGAAUUUUUUUUUUUUAAAUACACUACAAAAUUUGUCGGAAAUAAAGGAAGUAAUUUGUAUUUGCUUUUUCAUUAGCUUUCCUUUAUCUCUGUGCUUCUGUAGAAUAUAUUUGUGACUUGUAAGCACUAUUAUUUUCCAGUUAUUUUAAUACAGACCACGAAGAAUACUUUGAUUUCAGUACUGAAUGCAAUAAAAUUAUAUUAUUUA